GCCAGGCCGCGCCGUGGCGGCAGGCGGGGAAAGGGGAGAUCGGGUUCCCCCGGGGAACUGUGCCGGGGCUGGCGGCCGAUCCGAGAGGGAGCGGGUGUGCGGGGCGUGGGCCUUCCCCCGCCGGCAGGGCGAGGAGGAGCCCGAAGCCCGUUAGCAGAUUGUGAAUCAAUCCGAGAAUGAACAAAUGUAAGAAGCCUUAUGUUGACCAAACUAUAAACCUUGAAAAGUUCAGUCCUGAAAUUCUUUCUGAAACUGAGAAGCUGUUUGCAAAGAAGUUUACUUACACUAAGCCAGUGAGUGAUGAAUGGCAGCUACCAGAUCCCAGUGAUGCCUUUACAUGCGAUCACAAGGAAUUCAACUCACUCCUGGCUCUGAAGGACUCAAUGAAUGAAGUGAAGAAUCAACUGAGUGAUAAGAACCUGGAUGAAUGGCAUCAGCACACCUCGUUUACCAAUAAAGCGGGGAAAAUAAUUCCUCAUGUGAAGAAAUCUAUGAAUGCUGAGCUGUGUACCCAGGCGUGGUGCAAGUUUCAUGAGAUCCUGUGCAGUUUUCCUCUUCUUCCUGAAGAAGCUCUUCAGGAUGGAGAACUGAAUUCUGUCCACCUCUGUGAAGCACCUGGAGCUUUUAUAGCCAGCCUCAACCACUACUUGAAAUCCCACCAUAUCCCUUGUGACUGGAAUUGGGUAGCUAAUACUUUAAACCCGUAUCAUGAAGCAAAUGACACCCUUACGAUGAUCAUGGAUGACCGUCUUAUAGCAAAUACAUUGCCUUGGUGGUACUUUGGCCCAGAUAACACCGGCGAUGUGAUGACAUUAAAACAUCUAACAGGGCUUCAAAACUUUGUAAGUAACAUGGCCACGGUUCACUUAGUAACUGCUGAUGGCAGCUUUGAUUGCCAGGGAAAUCCUGGAGAACAGGAGGCUCUUGUCUCACCCCUUCUUUACUGUGAAACAGUCACUGCUUUAAUGAUCCUGAGCACUGGAGGAUCCUUUGUUUUGAAGAUGUUCACUCUGUUUGAACACUGUUCUACCAAUCUGCUCUUUCUGCUAAACUGCUCUUUUGAGGAGGUCCAUGUCUUUAAGCCAGCCACUAGCAAAGCCGGAAACUCAGAGGCCUAUGUGAUUUGUCUUCGUUAUAUGGGCAGAGAAAGCAUUCAUCUGCUGCUUUCUAAGAUGAUACAGAACUUUGGAACAGAAAUGGUCAACAAAGCGCUUUUUCCCCAGCAUAUGCUACCAGAAUCUUUUCUUAAAACACAUGAGGAGUGUUGCAUGUUCUUCCACAAGUGCCAGGUAGAGACUAUCUCUGAGAACAUCCAUCUCUUUGAGCGUAUGGAAGAAGCAGAGCAGAUGAAACUGAACAAGUUAAGAGAUUGUGCAGUAGAGUUCUUCGUGCAAAGACUUCAUAUGAAACCCAUUGCCAGAAAUAACUGGCUUGUCAAGAAAUCUCAGACUGGUUGCAGCAUGAAUGCAAAAUGGUUUGGGCAAAGAAACAAAUAUUUUAGUACAUACAACGAAAGGAAGAUGCUGGAAACCCUUACAUGGAAUGAUAAAGUGGCAAAGGGCUAUUUUAAUCACUGGGCUGAAGAACAUAGUUUAAAUAAUGCUGGUAAAAUGUGCAUCCUGGAAGGAUUGUCUUGUAACCUCGAGUGUAGCUUGUGGUACAUUUUGGAAGGAAAAAGACUACCAGUGGUAAAAUGUUCUCCGUUUUGUGAUGGUCAAGUCUUGGAAAAUCUUAAUGAAGCUAUGAACGAGUUGGUGCAGGGGAGGCUGAAAAGCAGACAAAUGCCGCAGACUUGUCACUCGUGUGAAGUUCUUCCUGGGGAGCUGAUACUGGCAGAAGUGUCUGAUCUUUCCCGGUGUCAUCAGGAGGUCCUAAAUGAAGGAUGCAGUGACCAAUUCAAGUGCCUUGUGGUGGACUUUCCAUUCCUCUGUGAUACUGAAAGCCAACCCAGUAUGGAAAUAAAGGUCCUGGACUCGGCCACACUGGUGACUUUCAGCUUCUCUUCGCUUUAUGAUGGAGAACCAAAGUACCAGCAGCAGCUUUUGGAGUGUGUUCUGCAUUCGUUGAAUCAGCUUACGAUGGGAGAUGCGCUGAUUUUGCCCAUUCUCUCUUGCUUUACACGCUUCACAGCUGGCCUGGUCUUUAUACUGCACUGCUGUUUCAGAUGCAUCACAUUUGCUUGUCCUACCUCCCAUGAGCCUUUAAGGACUAGUGCUGCUUUGCUGUGCAUUGGUUACCGAGGCCUCCCAAAUCCAGUUGUUGAGUAUCUGCAGCAUCUGAACAAGCUAAUGAGCUCUCUCCUAGACACGGACUCUCCCCAGCAGGUUUUGCAGUUUGUGCCUAUGGAAGUUCUCCUCCAGGGCAAACUGCUGGACUUCUUGUGGGAUUUAAACACAGCCAUUGCAAAGAGACAACUCCAUUUGAUUGUGCAAGCUAAGCAGUAGCAAAGGACUAGCAGUAUUGCACUUUAGAAUAAUUCUAGAAUUGGGCAAGUUGCUGCUGCUAGACCUUGUUUCACAGGCAGGUAGAAGGUGUUAAAAGCAUUGUUAAUGUGAAGGUAAUGUUACUGUAAAACCUUGAUGUGACAUUGUUACUGUUGGGAGGGUGCUUUGAGCUAUCAAUCCCACUUGCACCAUAUUGGCCUGUCCUACAGUAGCCCCAGGCUUCAAUCUUGGGCACGGGGAAACUUGGGAGGGCCAGUGACUGAAGUGGAGAAACUGCCUCUCUGUCACAGUGCUCUGAGCGAAUUUCUGACUCAGAAACUCACACCUGGCUCAGAACUGUGGCCUUUGAUGAGAGGUGGUAUGGUGGUUUAUACCUGUUGCAUCAGGCCAGAUGACGGGGGGACCCUGUUGUGUGACAUUAGCCCUCUUCUGCAGAGCAAAAUGUGGAAGUUUUGACACACCAGUGUAUUUUUCCAGCGUUGGUAGAAGCAGAAAUGUGAGGUUUGGGCCAGAAUGCUCAGCAGUGUGCAAGCCUGAUGUAAGACUUGAGGGAUGAGUGUCUUGUGAGCAAGUAGCUGUCUCACAAAGGCUGGGUUAAAAAUGACUGCCUGUAGGCAGUAGCAGAAGUGUCCAGGGAAAGAUGCUCUUUGGUUUUAAUUUUCUUUAUGUGAAGAGCAGCAGGCUGUAUGGUUUUUGACAGGCUAUUGUAUGGUUUUGUCUCCCCAUCAAUGAAUGGGCUCUUACAAUGUUAUUUUUAAGUGGCUUACGGGCCCUCCUUAAAAUAGUUUGAGACUCCUGAGUGAAAGCAAAGACUUGUAUCUGUCUAUUGCAGCAGCUAUUAAUGAGGAACUGCAAAUGUUUUUCAGGCUAAAAAUGUGAUUGUGCACAGAUUUGUGUAUCAAGAAAUGCUUUGGGUACCACUGUGGGAGCAUUAAGUUGGAGAAGUAUGUGAUAACUUUCUUUGGGAAGGUAUGAUUAAGAUUUCAGUUGGUUCCCCCCUAAGGAUAAAAAUAAUGAAAUUGGUAACUGACUGUUCCUUUAAGGGAGUAAAAUUUUAUUUUCUGUAUUGCUCCCUUGAGAGCUAAAUUUUGAGGCCUAAGUUGUGUGUAUUAAUGUUUAGUUUUAAGUUUGUAGUACACAUGGAAAAACCUGCUCAGAGGGAGAAAUGUUUAAGGGAAAAAUGGCUUUGCUGUCAGUACGUGCAGGAUCUUGCAGAAAAAGGUCAAAAGAGUGGCGUUAGUAAGAAGGAAAACCUAGUCUCCUGAUGAAUUACCAGUCACCUUCUGGAAGCACUUCUAAUUAUGUGAUACGGGAGCUUGAAGGGUAAUUGAUUACUGGUAAGGGAUUAAAAGUCCUGCUGAAAAACUGUUUUGUCUGGAGGUGCUGCACAUUUAAUAGGCUUUCUUGCCACGUUGAUCGGGGCAGAGUUUAAUGCAUUUAACAGUUCAUUUUUUACUUAAAAACUUGAUAGGUGAAUGAGUUGGUGGCUCAGGUCUGACUAAAUCAUAACAUUUUCUAAAAAUCUUGCUUUGUAUACUUGCAUGUAAAUAGAAGCUGCAUAACAAAAGGUGGGAUUGGUCAUUGUCCAUUUUAAUUUAUUUAUAUGAACUUGCUCUUUUUGCUGUGAGCUGAGUCAUGCUUCCUUUCUCAGACCAGGAAGGAAGGGAACAGAGGCUACAGAUUGGGAGAUAUACGCAGUAAUAGCUUCUCCUGUAAAUCAUUUUUGAACCUGUAAACUCAAGAGUGCAAGCAGUGCCACAGAUGAAUUUCACGGGGGAAUAAAAAAGAAACACUGAAAACCAGAAUAAAGAAGGGGGGAGGAAGAACUGUAGAAGAACAGAUGAUGAAAGAGUAUCAAAGAUCACCUGUAGAAGUCAUCUUUAUCUGAAACAAAAAGCAAGAUAAAGGUAUUGGCCAACCAAAGACACCCCUAUACCUCUGCCACUGCUUCAGAGGUGAUUAAUGCUUCUGAAACUCCCACUGAGCUGAAGCAUUUGAAAAGAUGUCUCUCAGAGCAGUGGUAAAUGAGACACUUCAAGUGCAUGGGUGUACUUACACUCUGAUAUUCUGCCAUGGAGGCAUGAGUAGCCAGAAGCACCUCAUCUAGUAGGUACUGAAAUAACUUUGGGUCAGUCUAAUAUUUUUAAAUUGUUGUUUUAUAGAUAAAGUAAAAUCCUGACGUGACUGACAGACUGUGAGAGAAAAUUAAUUUAGUUUUUCAAGCUUUCCUUGGUCUGUUCUGUACAUCUGACAAACUGUAGACUUCCUAGAGAUUCUUCCCAUCCCAUCAUUCCCCAUAUCAUCAGUCAAUCUCCUUUUUUUUUUUUUUGUCAUAAAUUUUUAGGAGAAGACAUCUUAGGUGGUCACAGAGCUUCAGGGGAGUUAGGACUAUGUACUUCAAGAUACACUAGACUGAGCUAGUAGGGAAGCAUAAUCCCUCUGUUUUUGGAAGUAUCCCCCCCAAAAUGUGUUCAAGCCCUCCUGUGGCAAGCCAGAUCUAUAAACCAAAGGAAAUCCAAUGUCCUGUGGAUCCUGAUACCUGAUUUGCUCUAACUUUUCUGUUGGCAGACAUGGGGAGAUGGCAGGAGAAAUGCUUUGACAGCAGCUGUUCCUGUUAAUAAGAAAGGAUGUGGUUUGGAGAAUCUUUUUUUUUUUAUUAUUAUUAUUGUUGUCUUAAUGGCAGGAGUGUCAAAGUUAGGAAUGACACUUGUCCUUUUAAUUGUGAGAAUCCUGCAUUGUCCUAGCUGUCUUUAGAACAAAGAUUUCUUUGAGAAGUGACACUUAAUUUCUGUUGUGACUUUUGGAAUAUGUAAGAAUGCACAGGAAGAAUGUAUUAACCUUUGUGGAGAGGGUCUGAUGACUCCUGCCUUCAUCGAGGCUGUCAGUUUUUGGCCAAUUUGAUUUGAUUUUGGGUGACACAUGAUGAAGUGUCUCAGUAUCCUGACUGUUUUUAAGUUUUUUUUUACCUGUUUGAAGAUGAACUGGACAUUGGUUUUCAUAAUUAGGAGCUUCAGGUUUCACACAGGGGAAAAUAGAGGGGGUGGAGAGAAUAAGUUGGUUAUGAUGUGAUCAAAAUUCAUUCAAACUUGAGGUAAAUUUAGUUUUGCAAUCCUGCUGUUAUGGGCUUCCAAUGAAGGACCAGUGUCUAGUCCCAGUGAGUAAUUAUGAGCUACAUUAUUUUUCUGAAACUUUUUGGAUCUUUUGUUUUAAGCCAACAUAACAUUUUGAAAUCGGUUGCAUGAGGGUUGAAUGAAUUGGCUACUUUGCUAAGUGAAAAUGCUGAUUAUUUUUUUUUUUUAAUUGAGUUCCAUUAAAGCUAAGAGACUUGCUACUAAUUUUAGUAAUUUUGUAUUAUAGUUAAAUUCAUCUGGAUGUGCACAGAUUGUAUGUGUUCUUGCCACUGACUUUCCAAUUAAUUACUUUCUACAAAACAUAAUGAGAUUUAUAGUAUGAAAUCUGGUAGUCUAUUAAAAUGGUACUAAUUGAUGUCUUUUCAUCUUAAUUUAAGCUGGAUCUAUCAAAUUACUAAUUGUAAAAGUAGAAUAUGUAGCAGAAUUGUAUUCUAUUAGAAAAACAUCUUGGGGUUUAACAGGAAGGGAUUAAUACUGCCUAUGUAGAAAGGAGAAAAGAAAAACCUAACAUCAAAUCCUCGAUUCACUGGAAGGAGGGGUUGACCAGUAAGCUGAAGCCUCAGAGCCUGCUGCUACCAUCCCUAAAAACUGUCUUUUGACAUCCCUCUAAUUUACGGUUGAUUUAAUUCUUAAUGGUGAAGUGGGGGAAAUCCUGUGUAACUUGUCUUACCAUUUUGGGUGGUAUGAAAAGGUGGUGUUUAUCGGUACUUGUCCCCGUUUCUCAUUUUUAAACAAAAGCCUUUAAAUUUCACCUCGUAGCCUUUGAAUAUCAGUCUCUUUUUUACAACUUUAGUGAGUGAAAACUGACAUUAAAAUUUCCUUGCCAAAGUCUGCUAGUGGUUUCUCCAUCUCGUUCUUGCAACUAUUUUUGUGAAUGCCACGCUGAUAUCCUUAGUUCCAGUUCUUUGUGCUCUUCAGUCACUUGACAGAGGGAUCAAAUGGAGCUGUUUACGCCAGAAAAGCGCUCAGCCUGUGCCUGUUCAUUGCUUACUCUUUAGGCAAUAAUUUGGAUUGCCAUCGAGCCCUCUCUUGUGACUCCUCGUGAGUCCAGAGCUGAUUUCAAGUCUUAAGAAUGAAAUUUGCUAAAAGAAUUAGCCAGUGGCUGUAGACACUUAGGCAUGUAACAAGCAGAACCUUUAGGAGACAUUGAAAUGCAGGAAACUUUUCCACCAGCCAGGAGAGGCUCAUGUAACAUGCAGCUGAUGGGAUUUGCUAGCCUUUCCUUGCUAAAAGUCUUUAAAAAAGGCUUUAAGGCACAACCACCUGAACAAACAGUUUGCCAGCUGUGUGCUGCUUUUCUUGUACGCACAGGUAUGUUCAUGUUUGCACACAUGGAAACCCCUAGGAUUGUACAGCCGAGAGCUUUUGCUUUGUAACUAAUCCAUGUGUGCUUUUGUUUUGAAGGAUGUAUAUAUUUUUCUAAGUAGAUGAAGGGAUGCUUUUUUACAUGGCUAUUGCAUAUUCUCAUUUGGUCUACAAGUGAGUGUUAAAAGACCUUUUUUUUAAAAAAAAAAAAAGGAAAAUAAAUGUUA